GUGCGUGCGGGUAUCUGUGUGUCCACAUCGUCGGCUCUAGAGAUCUUUGUUGUGGGGGUCUUGUUUCUUGCGGUGGCUUUGUGUUUCUCAUCAGUUGUCCAUUAUGGAUGUGGGCAAGAAUCACAAGUUUGUAGCCAGGAAGCUGAGGUUUUACUCACUUCCUUCAUUACUUUUCACAAUUUUAGGUGUUACAAAAUGUCUGAUCAGGUUCAAGUAAAUAAAUAAGAAUUUAUUUCUUAAUAAUGUGAGCUUUCCAUUCAUAUAUACAACAUAGAUAAAGUACUCAAAUUAUAAAUCAAUUAUUACUUAAAUUAAAUCAUAAAUUAAUUUUCUGUAACGGUUGAACUAAAUCAUUUCAGCACGACAAGCUGUGGUUUUAGCUCUUACUCUUUCCUCUUUCUUCUUUAUUAUAGUGGGAUUUUAUAAAAUCUCAAUCUUUAUUCCAAGCACAUCUGCGAAUUCAAGUUAUCUACUUUCUGUGUGGUGUGCCUGACGCAUUUUGAUCAUUGUCAGUUUCAUUUUGAUCUCCAACAGGCAUUUUCCGCCUGCUAUCACAUUUUUACACUGCAGUCAAAACCUGCUUGACGUUUGUCUUAUCUUUAAGUCUUCAUGUAACAUUUCCCCUAAAGUUUAAAAUCCAAUUUUAUAUUUCAUUCAUAACAUUGUAGUUGUUUUCAAUAUGUAGUGAGGGGGAUUUCCUAAAUAAAGUCUCCUCUUAUUAAGGAAAACUUUCAAAUUCGAGUUUCCAAAGCAGAAUGAUCUCAAAGCAAAAAGCACCUGUUCAACGGAAGAACAAGAUGCUGGAGAAAAGAGGCUGUGAGGGCGGACUGCAGCUUCCUGUUGUGGCUUUGUCACCAGUUUGUUACUGUGAAAGCUCCAUGCAGCCAUAAUGUGUGGGUGCUUAAUGCUAAAUAUCACGUCAGUGUAAAGUUGGCUGUACUGAAAAAACUAACUUUUUCUUGGUGUGUCAGAGAAGAGAAGGAGUAGAGUUAAUAUCCACCAACCGGAACUCAAAGCCAAAUUCCAGUUCUUCUCUCACAGCUCGCACCAUGUCCAUCGACCAAGCAGCCGAGCUCCCUUUCUACUACGGCAGCAUCAGUCGCUCGGAUGCGGAGCAGCACCUGAAGCUGGCGGGGAUGGUCGAUGGGAUGUUCCUGCUGCGACAGUGUCUUCGCAGUCUUGGAGGCUAUGUUCUGUCUGUUGUGUUUAACCUGGAGUUUAAUCAUUACUCUAUAGACAAGCAGCUUAAUGGGACCUACUGCAUCACAGGGGGGAAGCCUCACUGUGGGCCAGCAGAGCUCUGUGAAUUUUACAGCAAAGACCCUGAAGGGCUGGUGUGCAUCCUGAGGAAACCCUGUCUGCGCUCCCCGGACACACCGAUACGUCCCGGCGUGUUCGACACCAUGAGAGAAAAUAUGAUGAGGGAGUACGUAAAGCAGACCUGGAAUUUGGAGGGAGAAGCGAUGGAGCAGGCCAUCAUCAGUCAAGCUCCUCAGCUGGAGAAACUGAUCGCCACCACGGCCCACGAGAAGAUGCCCUGGUACCACGGUAAAAUCAACCGGCAGGAAGGAGAGAGGCGACUUUACUCUGGUGGACAACCCGACGGCAAGUUUCUAGUGAGAGAAAAAGAGCAGCCAAGUACUUUUGCUCUCUCCAUGGUGUACGGAAAAACAGUGUAUCACUACCAGAUACUCCAAGACAAGUCAGGGAAAUACUCCAUGCCAGAGGGAACAAAGUUUGACACAAUCUGGCAGCUGGUUGAAUACCAGAAGAUGAAAGCUGAUGGCCUGAUGACUAUUCUCAGGGAGGCGUGCCUGAAUGGCAAAACUGCUGAAAAGACUCCCAGUAUUCCUCGAAUAAGGCGUGCUCCAGCAAAUGGAUACACACCGCCACCUAAUGCACCCGAUCUGGCCACCACUGUGCCUGUAGACCGCGAAGUGCUGCCGAUGGACUGCGGGGGAUUUAAUCCGUACCACAACCCAAAUGAAGUGAAGAGGUUCAACAUCCAGAGGAAUCAGCUGCUGAUCGAUGAAGUGGAGCUCGGCUCAGGGAACUUUGGCUGCGUCAAGAAAGGAGUCCUCAAGACUGAUUCGGGCCAGCUUGAUGUGGCCAUCAAAGUGCUAAAGAGUGACAAUGAGAAGCUGGUGAGGGAGGAGAUGAUGAGGGAGGCAGAGAUCAUGCACCAGCUCAACAACCCCUUCAUCGUCCGCAUGCUGGGUCUGUGCAACGCGGAGAAUCUGAUGCUGGUCAUGGAGAUGGCCUCUGCUGGGCCUCUCAACAAGUUUCUUUCCUCAAAUAAGGACACAGUAACCGUGGAGAACAUUGUGAACCUAAUGCACCAGGUGUCGAUGGGAAUGAAGUAUCUGGAGGAGAAAAACUUUGUGCACAGAGACUUAGCAGCUCGUAAUGUCCUGCUGGUCAACAAAAAGUUCGCCAAAAUCAGUGACUUUGGGCUCUCCAAGGCCAUUGGAGCAGAUGAAAACUAUUACAGGGCUCGUACUGCAGGUAAAUGGCCUUUGAAGUGGUACGCUCCAGAAUGCAUAAGCUUCCGCAAAUUCUCCAGUAAAAGUGAUGUGUGGAGUUUUGGUGUGACCAUGUGGGAGGCCUUUUCCUUCGGAGGGAAACCUUACAAGAAAAUGAAAGGCCCAGAGGUGAUGCGCUUCAUUGAAAGUGAAGGCCGCAUGGAGUGUCCGGCAGUGUGUCCAGAGCGAAUGUAUACAGUGAUGAAAGAAUGCUGGACAUACAAGCACGAGGACCGUCCUGACUUCAAGAAGGUUGAGGAGUCCAUGAGGUCUUACCAUUACUCCAUAUCGAACAAGGCCAAGCCUGAGGGAGCUGCAGCCGCUGCCGAGCCUAUCAAGUAGACAGAAACAAGGCACAUUCUGUCCCCAUGCUGCACAAAGCAUCCUUUCAGCUGGCCAUUAGAGAACCCAAACAAAGAGCUUUUUAUGAACAGUGCACACUGACCAGCUUCAACUACAGUACCAAUACAGUUAAACAGGCCUUGAUGAUAAUAAAUGUGCAUUGUAAAUUGGACUUCAGUAGGUCGACCACGUAAGAAGGAUCUGUGUCUCUCUGUCUGUCUGUCAUGAUUUGAAUGUUAAGUUUUUACAUCUUUGCAUUGUUGAACAAUUUCAUUUUAUAUUGUGGUAUUUUGGAGUAUAAUGGGAGUAUAUAGUGCUUAUGCAAUUGGUUUUUCACAGUAUCUUUUUUAUGCCAAAUAAUGUAGAAGAUACUGAUAGAACUGUACACUUUAAUAUGGUUCUUUUAACAUUCCUGUGAAGUCAAUGAUUACUUCUGUUAACCUGUUACACAGGUUUAAACGUGGAGUUUAUAAUCAGAUUGACCUACAUGCACUUUUGUUUUUUAGAUAUCAUGAAGUAAAAACAAUAGAACACAUAACAGUGUAACUAUAUAAUCAUUGAUUACUCUUUCUGCUGACUUACACAGGGAUGUCCCACGUGUUUCAACCUAUAGCAGACAUAUAUGGGAAUAAAGUAUUUGAAACAUGCCUUGUACACAUGUGCAAAGCUCUUCAUCUGCAUUGGAAAAAUCGUUUUUUAGAAUUGUAUAGAGAAACAUAGCAGUUGUAUGAUGAUUUAUAUAGUAUCCUUCAAAGUAAAUAAAUAAUAAAUAUAAAUAAAAGGGACAUUAGGAUUAUGUGUUGAAAUACAUAUUCAUCUUGAACCAUUUAAACUAAUUUAAAUCAGAGUUUACUGUGUUUUUCCUCUCAAUAAUCCAAACAUGAUGUAUUAUGGUUUAUUAUGACUGUGUUCUCUGCCCCUUAAGCUGCCAGGCAACAACUGAAGGGCACGCAACACAGGAAGUUAAGGGAUUACUCUUCAAAAUAAUGGCGAAAUGUUUUGAAGGAUAACUUUAGGCCUACACUUGGCAUGUUGCAUUCAAGGGCUGUAUCGAUUGAGAUCGCCUUUUCUUCAAUUACUAAACAUUGAACACAAAAAUUGAAAGAUGAUCUUUUACAAGUUUAAGCAUUUAGAAUGUACUUGAGUUAUAAUAAACUAUUGUACUAGAUGCAAUGUUUUCAAGAACCAUUAUUAACAUAAAAGUAAGGAAAUAUACAAAUAUGGUGGUAGGACAUCCUAAAUGCCUAAAAUAAAUAAUAUACUCACUUAAAACCCAAACUAUUCGUAGAAUAAAUGCUCAAUUAAGGUGUAUUUUUGAUAUUAAAAUAAGUUGUUAUUUUUAUA